AUGUUUGCUCUAAGGGCUAGUGAUAAUGUGGCUGAUGUGCGUCUCGAACGCAAGCCUCGGCAUGAUUAUGCCAAGCUUAAGGCCAGAGGCCAAUUGCGCAAGCGCACGCGCUAUGCUUCGUCUACUACGGUAGCCGCGAGUGCUGGUCAAUCUGUGACCAACAACCCGCCAACCCGACCUACACCACAAGUGGUGGAAAACGGCCUCGGUCUUGAGAUGACCAUGAUGACGAUGCUCAAAAGUAUCCAAAGCAUAAGGGCAGUCUUGCCGAAGGGGUAUCUCAAGCUCCCAUGA